CUGGACUUCUGAGAGAGAGAGAGAGAGAACACAACGGUUGCGGCUUCUGAAGAGGAAAGUGAGGAGUUCUCAAUCUGAAGUAGACAACCGCCGGAAUUUGAGCUGAGCACAGACAUACUUGUCUCUGAUUAAGGUAUGUCAGAGCUCAGCUUUCAGCCAAGUUUUCGAAAGCCUUUGGUUUCUAAAAUGGGUUUGGAUGAAUUAAGAUUAAGGUGGUUCUCCAGGGAUUUCCAGAGAGAACUCUUGGUGACCAAUGAUGAUUUCGACAGACAUAUUACAUAGCUGCUCACCGAGCAUGGAGUGUACCUAACUGCUUACUGAGGUUUGGCUCAAGUUUUGACAGACUGGGCGAUUUGAUCAAGCUUUCAGAACAUAUAUUUUGGGGAGUCUGCUUUCAGUUGGAUCAAUCAUUUUGUAUUUUUCAAUGCGAACAUCUCAACAACACCGAAGUACAGCUAUCCACAUGCUGCAUCACCAACCUAUGCAAGAGAUUGAUCCGUAUUCUUCACCGCAUUUCCAAAUUUUAGAGAAUAGUGUGUGCCCAGAUACUGGCAGCCAAGGCAAAAAUGUUUCUUUUCGGACGAACAAGGAAGAGUACUUUACCCUGGAAUCAACCCCCGUCAAUGAUGGUUUUAUAGCCUGUGAUUCCCCUUCAGCUGUUAGUGGCUUGUCUAACCGGAGUCCUUUUUCACCACAAGGGUCUCACUCAUACUCGUCUGAUCAUCAUCAUUUUUCUGACACCACGUCUGGAUCACCGGUAAGUGGAUGUUCCGGAGUCGAUGAUGGCAAUGAUUUGAAGUACAAGCUCAGGGAACUUGAAGUUUCACUGCUAGGGCCAGAAUCAGAUAUUGUUGACAGCGGCUUUUGUUGUUACAAGAGUGACAUGACGAGGUGGAACGAGAAACAAAUUGCUGAAAUGAUACCCAAGCUGAACGUUAAGGAUGUUCUCAUUCUCUGUGCAUAUGCAAUAUCAGAGGAGGAUAUGUACACAGCAGCAAAUUGGAUGGAAGUUUUGGGGCAUAAGGUGUCGGUCUCUGGGGAUCCAAUGCAAAGAUUGGGUGCUUACAUGUUGGAAGGUCUUAGAGCAAGGUUGGAAAGAUCUGGUAGUAUGAUCUACAAAACCCUCAAAUGCGAAGUACCUACAAGCGAGGAACUUAUGACAUAUAUGUCUAUCCUAUAUAAGAUCUGCCCAUACUGGAAGCUUGCUUACUUGUCUUCAAAUGUUAUCAUUAGGGAAGCCUUGCUAAAUGAACCAAGAGUCCACAUCAUCGAUUUUCAGAUUGCGCAGGGCACUCAAUGGGUGCCUCUCAUCCAGGAUCUAGCAUGUCAGCCUGGUGGGCCCCCGCUUAUCCGAAUCACAGGUGUUGAUGAUACCCAAUCAAACCAUGCCCGUGGUGGGGGACUUCAUAUCGUAGGGAAAAGGCUCUCAGAUGUGGCUGCAAAAUACAAUGUGCCAUUCGAGUUCAAUGCUGCUGCCAUGUCCGGGUGUGAGGUUGAACUAGCAAAUCUCAGGAUUCAACCUGGAGAAGCCAUAGCUGUUACUUUUCCGUUCGUGUUGCACCACAUGCCAGAUGAGAGUGUGAGUACUGAAAAUCACAGAGACCGUUUGCUACGGCUGGUUAGGAGUUUAUCACCAAAAGUCAUGACACUCAUUGAACAAGAAUCGAACACCAAUACUUCCUCCUUCUACUCAAGGUUUGUUGAGUCUGUAGAUUAUUAUACAGCAAUGUUUGAGUCGAUUGAUGCCGGUUGUCCAAGAGAUGACAAACAGCGGAUCAGUGCUGAGAUGCACUGUGUGGCUAGAGACAUAGUGAACAUGAUUGCUUGCGAGGAUGCUGAGAGGGUGGAGCGGCAUGAACUUCUUGGGAAGUGGAGGUCAAGGUUGAUGAUGGCCGGGUUUACUCCGUGGCCGUUUGGUCCGUCUGGGAUCGGGGAGGUCAGGAAUAUGUUGAAGGACUACAAUGAGAAUUACCGAGUUGAACAGUAUGACGGUGCUCUCUACCUUGGUUGGAAGAAAAGAGCUAUGGCAACCUCGUCCGCAUGGAGGUGUGCUUAAUGAUGACUGCAAAAUCUCUGUAACAUUUCUAUUUUCCUUUUCUGAUACGACUCUGAGAGCAUGAGAGACAGUGAUGUGUGUAGUUUUUGUAGGAUUCCAGAUUUUUAGCUUUCAUGCAAUAGUUCCUACUUCCUAGUUGUAGGCGUAGGCGCAAACCUGGAUCUCGUAAUUUUGAUGUAAAUGUAUGCUUGAAAAGAAAGAGAUUAGCUCUCAGCUAUACUUUA